CCCUCUUCCCCCCUUUCUCUCUGUCACAGCCGGCCUCAGAGCCGCUGCCUGGAUCCAAGCAGCCGCUGCCUGCCCUCCAUCACCCCCACUACCAUGUGCAGCCCCCAAGCCUGUCCCCCAUCCGGCUACAGCAAGGUCGGAUCCCAGCCCCACUGAUCUCCCCUCAUCCCAACCCCACCCCCAGUCUGUGUGGGUCCCCCCCUUCUGCACCCCAUCAGAGAUGUUUCACCCCUUGGUGGCUGGGGGCAUCGUCUUCCCAGGGCUCUUCCUGCUGGCCAAGAACAGCCUCAAGCGGCUGCCCUGGCUGCAGUGGGAUGAGGCCGACGCUGUCAUCAUCUCAGCCAGGCUGGUCUCCUCCAUCCAAGCCGUCAUGGCCUCCACAGCCGGAUACAUCGUUUUCAGCUCCUGCCAACACGUUAUCGAUGACCAGCAUUGGCUGACGAGCGCCUACACGGAGUUUGCGGUGCCCUACUUCAUCUACGACAUCUACGCCAUGUUCCUGUGCCAUUGGCACAAGUACCGGGUGAAGGGGCACGAGGCUGCGGGGCCCCGCUCGCUGCGCACCGUCACCCGCGCCUUCCUGCACAAGGAGUUCCUCAUGGUGCUGCACCACCUCUGCAUGGUGCUGGUGUGCUUCCCCGUCUCCGUGCUGUGGCGCCAGGGGAAGGGCGAUUUCUUCCUGGGCUGCAUGCUGAUGGCCGAGCUGAGCACCCCCUUCGUCUCCCUGGGCAAGGUGCUCAUCCUGUACAAGCGGCAGCACACCCUGCUGCACAAGGUGAACGGGCUGCUCAUGCUGGUGACCUUCUUCUGCUGCCGCAUCCUGCUCUUCCCCUACAUGUACCGGGCCUACGGGCGCCACGCCGGGCUGCCCCUGCACCGCGUGCCCCUCGCCCUGCCGCCCGCCUACAACCUGGGCGCCGCCCUGCUCCUGGCCCCCCAGCUCUACUGGUUCGGCCUCAUCUGCCGCGGGGCCGUCCGCCUCUUCCGCCACGCCCCGCCCACGGACCCCGCCCUGCGCAACGGGCAUGGCCCCGGGGGGCGGGCGCUGGACUGAGACCCCCGCCCUGCGCCACGGCCCCGGGGGGGCGGGCGCUGGACUGAGACCCCCCCGGUGCCACAGGCUCCGCCCCCGGGGCGGGCGCUGGACUGAGACCCCCCCAGUGCCACGGGCACCGUCCCCGGGGGCGGGUGCUGGACUGAGACCCCUCCAGUGCCACGGGCACCGCCCCCGAGGGUGGGCAAUGGACUCAGACCCUCCCGGUGCCAUGGGCACCGUCCCUGGGGGCGGGUGCUGGACUGAGACCCCCCCAGUGCCACGGGCACCGCCCCCGAGGGCGGGCAAUGGACUCAGACCCUCCCGGUGCCAUGGGCACCGUCCCCGGGGGCGGGUGCUGGACUGAGACCCCCCCAGUGCCACUGGCAAGGCCCCCGAGGGCGGGCGCUGGACUGAGACCCCCCCAGUGCCACGGGCACCGCCCCCGAGGGCGGGCGCUGGACUCAGACCCCCCCGGUGCCACGGACUCCGCCCCCGGGGGCGGGUGCUGGACUGAGACCCUCCCCUGUGCCACGGGCACUGCCCCGGGGGCGGGUGCUGGACUGAGACCCCCCCAGUGCCACAGGCAAGGCCCCCGGGGCGGGCGCUGGACUGAGACCUCCCCUGUGCCAUGGGCACCGCCCCCAGGGGCGGGCGCUGCAUUGAGACCUCCCAGCCUACCUGCUCUGUGCUAAGGGCAUGGCCUCGGGGGGGGGGCCUCGCUGUCCUGAGCCCCCCUGCCCGUGCGCAGCCCCAAGGCCCUGGCAUGAGACUGUCCCCGCGUGGUGGGCACGGGGUGAACUGACGCCCGCGGCCGGCGCCCGCGGCCGGCGCCCACAGCCUCAGCUUCUAACGACUUUAUUUAUUUAUUUAUUGGGGGCCCGCCCUGGAAUUCUCCGGGGGCUGCUGCAGGACGGAGUGGGGCCCCCCUUGGCCUGACAGGGGCUGACUGCAGCCCCCAUUCUCAGGGGGCUGCCCAGUAGCACCUGGGGCACUCCCUCUGGGUGGUGCAGCUCAGGCACCCCCAGUAAUGGGGGGAUGAGGUGCAAAUCGGGGGGCUGGCUGUGUUGGGAGGUGAGAGUUUGGCCUGGAGAUUUGGGGGACCCCUGGGAAUCUCAGGGGGCCACCCAGGGGAUUGAAUUCCUGCCCCACCAGAGUGUGGGGGGACCCAGCUAGACUCCACCAGCAGACAGUUUGGGUGGACUUGGGAACCCCCCGCACUGCCCCCCACUGUAGCAAUAACCAGGCAGCGGGUGGGGAACUGACCCCCCCAACAAGGACUGUGAGCUCUGCACCCCCCAGCUGCUCGCUGGGUCCGGAUGUAUACGGGGGGGAUUUCUAACCCUGGGGAGGCUGCAAAGUAUUAAAGGAGCCUUGAUCCAAUGCCAGCA